UUCACAAAAUUACAUUGUCAGUCCGAAUAAAAUUUUAAUUUAUCUAUAUAAAAUGACGAUAUUAGUUCAUCGACUUAGAUAUGUAAGUAAACAACCCAUCUCUUUCUUUUCUCUCUGUCUCUCUUUCUACUCGAAGAUGAUGACAACGAAUUUGAACGGCGGAGGAAGAGGUGGAGGAGGAGAAGGACCGUGCGGGGCGUGCAAGUUCUUGAGGAGGAAGUGUGUUCGAGGAUGCGUUUUCGCUCCUUAUUUCGAUGCAGAGCAAGGGACUGCUAGUUUUGCAGCGAUUCACAAAGUGUUUGGAGCAAGCAAUACCUCGAAGAUGUUACUGAGAUUGCCUUUGCACAAGCGGCUCGAUGCAGUGGCCACGCUCGGUUACGAGGCUUUGGCUAGGGUCCGUGAUCCUGUUUACGGCUGCGUUGGCCAUCUCUUCUCUCUUCAACACCAGGUGAUGAAUCUACAAGCUGAGAUUGCUCAUGUUCAAGCUCGUCUUUCAAUGUUUCAGCGUUUUUAUUUAGUCCCACCACAACAAAUGCAGCAGCCACCUUUCGAUCUAGCGUAUAACAAUGAAUAUCCCAUGGAACCAACUAACUUGGAUGUUGGGUGGGAGGAAGAACAAUUACCUCAAGCAGUUCGUCUUUAAGUAUUUACCCACAGUCUAACUUCCGGCUUGCAGUUUAGGUUAGGUCCACAAGCCAUGCUUAUGUAUUAUAGCAAUGGAGGUGUCUGGAAUAAAAGUUGACGAGUCUAUUUAUUCUUCAUAGUUGACUAUUUCCACUUAAGAUCAUUACUUUCUUAAUAGGCCCAUCCUAAACGGUAGCUAAUUACUAGUAAGGCCGUUACCAGUAGGUUUCGGUGUAAAUAAAGAAAAUACUUUUUUUUUUUUUUGAAACACAAAUAAAGAAAAUAGUUAAACAAGAUUACUUAAGCUUUAACAUUUUUCUCUGUUUAAACCAGUGCAUACGAAGAUCUGGGCUUUAAGAGCUAUAAUGGGCUUUUUAGUUUUUUGCAGUGAGAAAUAAUUGAAGGCUUUAAAUUUGAUCUGAACUGGACCAGGUUCGAAUCGGUUUCUCUAAUUUCCAUUAGCUUCAUUAGUUUCUCUUUAUACGACAAGUCUAUGUGAAAUGUGAACAAAGUGAGUAUAUGAAUAGUCUAUGUGCAGAGUGAUUAUACCAUGCAUUGCUAAUCGGCAUAUUUCCAGAUAAGAAAAUUCGGUUGGAAUGAACAAUAUUCUGGCAAUUGCAUUGGAAUGAACAACAAUCUGGCAAUGUCAUAUCCUAUGAACAAAAACAAAAUACGCUUCAUAUUUAAGUAAUGAAUGAUUUUAAACUCAAAUUCUCAUUUUAUUUAACUGUUGGCUAUAAUAUAUAGAUUCUUUUGAUGAUUAUCUUUUCAAAUGGCCUGAUCAAAUUAACUAAUUUAGUACAUUUUGUGAGUUUUUAUUGAAAACUUCAGCAUUUUUUUCCAAUAGGCGUAUAUAUGAUGUUCGGUUCUUCUUUCGCAAGAAAUAUACUUGGCAAAAAAAAACUAUAACUGAAAGGAAACAGUAUACAUAUUCCUCUAAUAUCAUUUUGUUUCGUAUCAUUUGCAUUUAGAGGGAAAAAUUGGACCAUGAUGUGAACCCAAACAAAAAGAAACCAUGGGGCACGCGCAUUCAUUGUAUCUAUAUAUAGCUGUAAUCGAUUUAAAUAGAACUACUUUAAGUAUAUAGUCCAUCUACGAUCUAUCCUUAGGUACGUAGAGAUCGUCGUUCCCCUAUAUACUAGGAUAUCUAUAGUCGUCGAGGGAAUUUGUAAUAUAAAAAUUUAUAUGAAAUAUUAAAUAUAUAAAUGUUGUUAAUCUUAAUCAUCCAAACAUCUCUGAUGCAUAAUUUUAUUUUUUUACACCAAAAUAGGUUGGAGUCAACUUUUACUUCAUUAUAUUCCAUUGUGGAAUAAAAAAAAUGACUAACGAGUAAAAGUUAAUAUUAUGUUUCAUUUUUCUAACCACAAAUUAAUAUUUUGCUUCAUUUGGGAGUUGUUCAACUUUUUACUCCAUUUUGAAAAAUAAAAUAUGAUUAUAAUUUUUUUAAAAAAUUUCAUUUGGAGUAGAAAAUAGAUUGAGUUUAGAGAUAGAUGUUCAAGGUCACAAAGGAAAAAUUAUACUUAGAGAAAUUAAUCAUGUUUGUAAAGAAAACUAUCAAAUCACUUUUAUUUUAGAGUUUUUUUGUUCUUCCCUUCUAUUUUAAUUUGUCACUUUUUGUAUUUGUUGUAGGUGGAAGUUGAACUCUUGACUAAUUAGUUAUGCUUAAUAACCCACAUGAGAUGAAUUGAAACCGACUAAUUAACUUAGUUUAGUUUGGACAUGUAAAAAACUUAGUUUAGUUCGGACAAUAGUAAACAAUGGAUGAAAUGAAACGGAUUAAUUUCUUUAGCUGGAAUUUAAUUACAACUUUAAAAUGCCCGAUAUAAAUAGUUAAAUUUAUUCUAAAAAGGUUAAAUUUUAUAUAGAAAAAUUGAUAGUUCGCAACACCAACAAAGCAACGGCCCGAGAAAGACGGUAGCUUUGUGGAGACACACAAAUAAGAUAGUCGCAGGAUCAUGUGCCACGCCUACACUUUCUUUCCAAUUCCAUCUCAUUCACGCGUUCUUUUUUCAUUCUUUUGAUUAUAAAUAGAGUCUCUUAUAAAUACUCACGAUCUAAAUAAUAUCCCUUAACCUAUGCAUAGAACAUGCAUAUAAUAUCAUAAUUAAUACAUUCCACCACUAGAAGCCAAAACUAUGGUAUAUAUAGCAGUAAAAAAAUAAACUCAGUUGUACAUAGAGGAUGAGAGAAUGAAAAAUAACGGAAUCCAAUAACAAUGUCUGUAAUAAACGGACAUGAGAAUGUGAAUUAUUAUAAAGAAUAGUAUAGAUGCUCUGUAAAAUGUAGCAUUGAUAUAACGGAUGCAUAUAUGUACAUAAAUUUUUUUUUUUUAACAAAAUAUAUAUGUAUAUAAAUAUAAUUAAGCAAAUUUGUAAUAAAGAGAGAAGAGGGCAAAACGGGGAACAUGUCACGCGGAUAGGUGUGAGAUAGUAAAUGACGUAGGUUCCGUUAUUUAAGAACCCUUUAGAUGUUCAUGUUCCCACACACCACAAGAGAGAGAGAGAGAGAACAUGGGGAGAGAAAAAGAUGACAACAAGAACGGAGAAGGAGAGAGAAAGCUGGGAGAUGAAACGCCGUCAUCUUUCUUGGACGGUACGGGGUUAGUUUGUGUAACGGGAGGGACUGGUUUCAUUGCUUCAUGGCUCAUCAUGCGUCUCCUUCAACGUGGCUACUCAGUUCGAGCCACCGUUCGAACCAACCCAGGAACAGAGGGAGUACUAGUUUUUGGGCCCGUACUGCGUACGUGAAAAGAAUUUCAAGAAAUUGUGUAUAAUACAUCUAAAAAUUAUAACUAACAGCAAUAAUAAGCUUAAUCUGGUCACAUAAUUUUUUUUUACAAAAUUAGCUAGUCUUUCUUUGUCCUAUCCAUAAUAAAACCAAAAAAAUCAAAGGAAAAAACUCAAUAACACAAAAAAUUUCCCUGUUAACUGAAAUAAAAGUGCUAAAAUUAUUUACCUUCAGUGUUUCCAUGGUCUAAUGUUUAAAUCUAUUUGCACAGUCUCGGUCACUCGUUCCAUCUUCCUAUUAAAAAAUACAUAAAAAACUUCAAACUGAACCAUACAAAAAGAAUGAGUAUUUGUCCGAGAAGCAGAGAAAAAACAGUGAACAAAAAAACAUUAUAAAGCUAUAUUUAGGUUUUUGAUGCUACACUCAAAACGCAAAAGAAUGAUGUGAGAUGAAAAGAGUGAGAAUAAAA